AUGCCAAACUGUGUCAUUCCCUCUUUUGACGAAAUCUGUGCCUCGACCGAUAUUCAGAGUCCCCCUGAUGCAUCCGCAACCGUGGUGAGAGUCGGCCAGCAUGUUGCGGUCAAGUUCGGCGCCCGUAUUUCACUUCUUAAGGCGGAUAAUCUCAAAUACGUGUCGAAAAACAGCGAUGUUCCUGUGCCCAAAGUCCUCGCGACGAUGACCGAGCCGGAGGCAGGUUGCAACUUCAUUGUGAUGGAGUACGUUGAUGGCCAGGGGCUUGAUGCGGUAUGGGAAUCCUUGACGUCUGAAGAGAAGCACGACAUAGGCAAGCAAAUCCAGACGGCCCUUGAGGACCUCCGCAAGAUCCCGACUCCCGGCUACUUCGGGGCUCUCGAUCGGCAACCCUUCCCCGAUGGAAUAUUCUGGACGCGGGAAGGGAAUCCGGAAACGUCAGGUCCUUUCGACACGGAGGAGGAAUUGAACAAGGGAAUCAUACGAAGGCUGGAGGCUUCCGAGCCUGCACCAUACAUUACGCUGCUGCGGGCGAUCAUGUCCGAGACGCUGAAAGCCAUUGCGAUCGCUCUCCUCAUCAGGCGGUGA